GUCUGUGCUUGGUCUCCUCUACGGCCGAGCCUCCUUACAGCAGCCGCGGUGACGUAAAGCAGGUCGUUGGUACCACCUAAAAUCCCUUUGCAGCGGCGGUAGUGCCAAAGACUACACUUUGGGAAAGAGUCUAAAUGAAUUAAGGCGUGAGUGGAUGCCAAGUCUAUGGAAGGCUCUGGGAAGAAGAAAUGAUUCAGGAAGAUGUCUGGGGAAUUGCCACUGAACAUUAACAUCAAGGAGCCUCGAUGGGAUCAAAGCACUUUCGUGGGACGAGCCAAUCAUUUCUUCACUGUGACUGACCCCAGAAAUAUUUUAUUAUCAAACGAACAACUAGAGAAUGCCAGAAAAAUAAUACAUGAUUACAGACAAGGAGUUGUUCCUCCAGGUCUUACAGAAAAUGAAUUAUGGCAAGCAAAGUACAUCUACGAUUCUGCUUUUCAUCCUGACACUGGUGAAAAGAUGAUUUUGAUAGGAAGGAUGUCAGCUCAGGUUCCAAUGAACAUGACCAUCACAGGCUGCAUGAUGACAUUUUAUAGGACCACCCCUGCAGUGCUGUUCUGGCAGUGGAUUAACCAGUCCUUCAAUGCAGUGGUUAAUUACACCAACAGAAGUGGAGAUGCCCCACUCACCGUAAAAGAGUUGGGAACAGCUUAUGUCUCUGCAACAACUGGUGCUGUGGCAACAGCCUUGGGACUUAAUGCAUUAACCAAGCAUGUCUCACCACUGAUAGGACGUUUUGUCCCCUUUGCUGCUGUAGCUGCUGCUAAUUGCAUUAAUAUUCCAUUAAUGAGGCAAAGGGAACUCAAAGUUGGCAUUCCCAUCACCGAUGAAAAUGGGAACCGUUUGGGUGAAUCAGCAAAUGCUGCGAAACAAGCCAUCACACAAGUCGUCAUCUCCAGGAUUCUCAUGGCAGCCCCAGGCAUGGCCAUCCCUCCAUUUAUCAUGAACACUUUGGAAAAGAAAGCUUUUUUAAAGAGGUUCCCGUGGAUGAGUGCACCUAUACAAGUCGGAUUGGUCGGCUUCUGUUUGGUGUUUGCCACUCCCCUGUGUUGUGCUCUGUUUCCUCAGAAAAGCUCCAUGUCUGUGACAAGCUUGGAGGCUGAGUUGCAAGCCAAAAUCCAAGAGAGUCAUCCUGAAUUACGACGCGUGUACUUCAACAAGGGAUUGUAAAGUAGAGGAAGACACCUGAAUGGCUAAUCCUGCCACCUGCAAACCUGGCAAAGCCAUGUCCAUUAGGAAAAUCCUGUUCAAUAUGGGUUCUCCCAGUUUAAAAAACCUUUUGGAGAUUCACAUUAGCCUUUUAGAAUAAAGCUGCUACUACUUAUAACACAACAUCUGGUGUGGGCCGGGUGCCUGGUACCUGUCGGUUCCCUUACAUUUGAAUCAUGUUGUGAUUUUCAGAAAUAUCCUUCCUGCAGCUUUUAUGGUAACUGUUUUUCAAAGACAAUAUCCUAUCCCUAUGCCAGGGAUUUAAAAAGCACUUCUAGGUAUAGAGUAGGUGCUCAGCAUAUGCUCCUCAGUAAAUACCUAUUGAUCAUCAGUCAGGAAAAGGUAAUCUGCUCAAAGUAAUAAAUCUCAUUCCCACAUCUAUUUCAGAUCAAGGAGCUCUCAGCAGGGAAUUAGGAAAAUGCAAAAGCUCUGGGACCAAAUGUAAAAAUUUAAAUACCAAGGGAAUUUGCUUCAAGUUUGUGCUGUGAGCAAGCCCAAAGUAGAUGCUGGAGGAUUUGGUUUGGUAGAGUAAAAGCUCCUUCAUGUCCUCCUGGAAGUCACAGUCAUAAACCAAUGCAGUGCACCUUCCCUGCUAUCCAUACUUGUUGGAUUUUCCUGGUUAGCUUUUAAAUUUUGUUUUACAUCCUUGCAGUUACUGAAUUUAUAUAGCUAUUUCCAUCAAAUAAUCAACUUACCUAAAUUUACAAAUGUCAAAUUUUAGAAGUAUAUUCAAUAAUACUGCUGUGUGACUUGAGUAAACCUGGUUAGUUAGAAUUUUAGAAGUGUGGCUACAGUUCCAGUUCCCUACAUAUCUUUUUCUUCCCACCCUUAUAUAUCUCCUUGGCUUUCAGAAAGUUACAAAAAUAAUACAUCUAUGAAUCAGCAACAGUGAAUUUUACUUGAAUGUCGUUUAUUACAUUCCACCCUGUUUGAAAAUAAUGAAACCAUGUACCACUGUUUACAUCACUGUAAUAAUUUGACAUGUGAUAUAUUUAAUGUAACAUUGUUUCAAGCCUAUAGAUCUUCAAUGUCAUAUGCAAGGCAGUUGGUUCACUGAGUGUAGAUCAUUGUAAUUCAGAGAUUUGUAAGUGAAAAAUAUUUAGAAACUAUUUAGUUUUGAUGAAUCAUUUUUCCCUCCCUAACAAUGUGUCCAGACUGAAUUUCCUCAUAAAGAAAAACUGGUGUGCCUUGUGUCUUGUGUUUCUCUUUUCUCUGAAAGGAUUAAUGGAUCUGAAGCUCUGAGCCUCCCCUGAUGCCACUAGAAUCUUCUCAUUUAGAUUUGCUGUCAAAUCAUUGGAAGCGAAAUGGCUUCCCCAUGACAUUCUGGCCUUGGAUGUAUUUUGCUUCUCUUUAAAAAGUGCUUAAAAGUCUGAAAUCCAAGGCUGAUCUCUGUAAGGUGCUUAACAUGCACUCAGUUAAAAGCUAACAUUUUUGAGGCCUCCCGGACCCACCCAGCUACUCUCAGUCCUAACCCCUAGCUAAUUUGUAGCUCCCCUGCAGAAUGUUAACCAUAAAGUAAAACUUUAAUGACUGGUAGGAAGAUUGGCAAACUCACCAAAAUUUUACACACACCGGGAAGAUUUAAACAAAGCAUAGUUAUCAAAGGCAUAAUGAUUAUAGAACUGUGUCUUUUGAAACUUGUGUAUUGAAGCUUCAGACUCUUAAUGCUUUUCUAUGGAAAUAUUAACUGUAUAAUCAUAUUUUAUAAAAAAAAGAACAAAUGAACCAAGAUUAGCAAUCUUCGCUGAUCUCUUAGGAAUAUCUUUUCUGGAGAAAAAAAAAAUCCGCAUUAAGUGCAAUAAGCUUGUAAAGGUAAAUAGUUAUUAAUAUUUCUAUUGAUAUGAUAUAAAAAACUACAAUGUAAAUAUUUACAGACUGGCAGUUUUAUUUCAGUAUUAACACGAUGUCUUGCCAGUGUUGGAGUCAAUGUAUUAUUUCAGUUCAACUGGAUGAAAUGUUAAAUAAACUUAAAAUGAAAAUAAA